AUGCUAAGCCCAGAACAACCUCCAACAUACCUUGUAAAUGGUCCUCAUGGAAGAUUAGGUGUAUCUCGUUGUGCAUAUACUAGAAAGCAACUUCAAGUAGUUCCAGAUAAUGAAAACCCGCCUCCAGAUUCAGUAAUUCAUGGAAAACAAGAUAAAUUUAUUCCUGAAAAAAUUCUUAAGCAAAGAACUUAUAAAGGUAAAAAACAAUACCUUGUUAAAUGGUGCCGAUAUCCUGAAAAUGAAUCAACUUGGGAACCAGCAAAUAGAUUCAAAGAAGAUGCACCCCAUCUUGUAAAUGAAUUUCUGGAAGUUAGCAGGGCGUAA